GGAACACCACGUUAAGUUUCCAAAUAAGGAACGACUCCGUAUUUUACGGGACGGUUGGCAAUCACUAUCACUGGGCAAAAGGUUUUAAAUAGAUUAGAUGCAUUUGAUCAUGGUCCCAGAAGCUGAAUCAACCCUUUAUACAUUUCUUUAAUGUGUGAUGAAUGACAAAGUCGGAGGUGAAGCUCUAAAUACAACAAUGCAGACUGAAAGAUAUCCCAGAUACUUUAAAGUCAUGGAGACAGGUUUACCACCUCUACGGAACAAAGUCAGAUAAAAAUAAAAGAAACAAACCAAGUCUGUUAACAUCACGUGUUAACAAUCAUCAUCGUAAACAAUCAAAACAUGCAGCCUACAACAAGAUGCAAAUUUUCAUUACUCAGCCCUGUACAAAUUAAACAGGACUCUGAUGUACAAUACACACUAUCAUCUGACCAAAACCAAUCAAACUCUGUGUCCUGUUCUCAUUUUGAGAUUAAGCAAGAGUCUUUUGAGAUUGAUCUGAUUAAAAAAGAAGAGUUUGAUGACCAUGACCCAACUUUAGCAAACGAAGUGAUCCACCAGUGCAAAGAAGACAUACCACAUGGCUUGAUUCCUCCAGUUGAAAUGGAUGAUGAAGAGUGUGACACAGCAUGUGCAGAGAACUCAAAUAUAUGUCUGGAUAAACCUUUAGAUACAAAAGUUAAAACUAUAAAAGUAAAGCUAAGCAUGGCGAAGAAUCCAAAGAGCCAGUGCCGUGACCAGACAGUGGCCAGCAGGGUAAAAACACCUAAAACGUGUGAAGGGUCAUUCUGUUGUGAAACAUGUGGAAAACAGUUCCAACGAUCUGACCGUCUCACCGACCACAGAAAAGUGCACAGGAAGAAGAAGCCGUACCCUUGUGAUCUAUGUGACAUGAUGUUUGCCAAGCCAGCUCUCCUAAAAAUCCAUCUGCGCAGACAUGCUGGUGAUAGGGCGUUUCCUUGUGACCAGUGUGAGAAAAGGUUUUUUGACCGGUGUGAUUUGAAAGUGCACAUGCGAGAUCACACUGGAGAAAGACCGUACGUCUGUCAAGAGUGUGGAAAGAGCUUCAAACGGACUUAUGUUCUAAACAAGCACAAGAAAACUCAUUCAAAGGAAAGACCUUUUAAGUGUGAUGUCUGUGAAAAAACCUACAAAUACAUUUAUGAAUACAGGCUACACAUUAAAAAACACUCGACAUGAAUCCUCUUUAUUAUGCUGCAAGUAGAUCAACCAUAACAUUAACACCACCUCAUUGUUUCUACACUCACUGUUUAUUUUAUCAACUCCAUUUACCACAGAAGCACUUUGUAGUUCUACAAUUACUGACUGAAGUCCAUCUGUUUCUUUACAUACUUUUUUUUUGCCCUUUUUCAUUCUGUUCUUCAAUGGUCAGGACCCCCACAGGACCACCACAGAGCAGGUAUACUUUAGGUGGUGGAUCAUUCUCAGCACUGCUACUGUGUUAGUGUGUGUUGUGCUGGUAUGAGUGGAUAAGACACAGCAGCAUUGCUGGAGUUUUUAAACACCUCACUGUCCCUGCUGGACUGAGAAUAGUCCACCAACCAAAAAUAUCCAGCCAAUUACUGACUGUAGUCCAUCUAUUUCUCUACAUACCUUUUUAGCCUGCUUUCACUCUGUUCUUCAAUGGUCAGGACCCCCACAGAGCAGGUAUUAUUGGAGCUGGUAUGAUUGGAUCAGACACAGCAGCGCUUCUGGAGUUUAUAAAUACCGUGUCCAGUCACUUUCAACUCUAUAAGACACUCCUACCUAGUUGGUCCACCUUGUAGAUGUAAAGUCUGUUUGAAUUGGUCCUCUUCUACACCUUCAUCCGUGGUCACAGGACGCUGCCCAUGGGGCGCUGUUGGCUGGAUAUUUUUGGUUGUUGGAUUAUUCUCAGUCCAGCAGUGACAGUGAGGUGUUUAAAAGCUUCAUCAGCGCUGCAGUGCUCUGAAUAAUCCACCACCUAAAUAAUACCUGCUCUGUGGUGGUCCUGACCACUGAAGAACAGCAAGAAAGGGGGCAAACAAAGCAUGAAGAGAAACAGAUGGACUACAGUCAGUAAUUGUAGAACUACAAAGUGCUUCUGUAGAAACAAGGAGGGGGUGAAAAGGUUAUGCCUGAUUGGUGUAUUUUUAAAAUGAUGUUUACCCACUGUUACAUUUUUAGCUAUUGUGUGGAAGUUCCAUUAAAAUCUGUUUAAUUCCAGGUUUAACAUGACAUGUUAAAGGUUUAAAUUAGGGCUGCACGAUAUUUCGUUUCAGCAUCGUCAUCGCGAUGUGUGCAUGCGCGAUAGUCACAUCGCAGGACGUGCGAUGUUUCUUAAUGCAAAUUAUAUCAAAUACGUCAUGCUACAACUUUUUUGCUGCUUGACACAAAAGGAAAAUUCACACCGUUCUCAUUUUCAAUGACGGCUCACACCCGCCUUGUGUACCGAGCAGCAGCCAGUCAGAGGACUCAUAGGAUCCGGGUUCAUUGAGAUUUCGGACUCGUGAUUCCUGAUUCAGUACAAAGAUUCGAAUCAUUAACCCGGUUGAUUCAGGAACCGCCCAGCUCUAGUAUUGAACAGUCUAAUCUGCAGCAUUUCUCUCCCAUUGAUCAAAAUACGGAACAAAGCGCAUUUAGUUUUCAAAUACGGAACGAUUCCGUAUUUUGCGGGACGGUUGGCAACCCUAGUCACAGCGCUAACAUGUCAAUAUAACAUCUCGAUUCGUGUACAGAAAACGGUUACAUUUGCUGACAAGCCCAAACUUGCUAAUAAAAACACUUUCAACCAAGUACAAAGAUGUAGCUUGUCAUAAUCUUUUGUAUCCCUUGUAGGCACCACCCUUUUUCACAGAUGAGCCCCUUAUUUAGAGUAAGAUACAUGCAUUAUUAAUAUUAUUAAUAAUGUGGUGAAAAUUCCUGCAUUUUUUUUAAUAUCGCAAUAUACUGUAUAUCGCAGGGGGAAAAAAAUCGCAAUGUCAGUUUUUUCCAAUAUCGUGCAGCCCUAGUUUAAAUCUUUAUUCAGGGUCGUGUAUAAUUUUGACUAAUAGAAAUGUUAUGUUUUGAUUAGCUUAGGUUAAACAUCCUACAUUAAUUUGUCCUUGUUUUCUAUGCUGUUGUAGUUUAAGCAGUGCAUGGAACUGAUUAUUUACGGAUCAUGUGAUGGGUGUAUCUGCAAUAAACUACUUCAUGCCAGAUUGUUAUAUCUUC